AUGGCGUGCCGCGCUUCCCCUCCUUCGUCGGGGUGCGCGCGGACGUGGACGCUUCGGGUCUCGCGGCCCCGCCUCCUCGAGCGGCGCGGCCCCUGCCGGCAGGAGCUCGGCCCCGCGGCCGGCGGGCGCGCCGGGCAGGGCGUCUGCGGCGACGGCGGGGGCAGCGUGCGCACCGCCCCGGCGAGCGCCCGCGCCUGGCGCGGCGGGCGCUCUCGGCGCAGCGGGGGGUGGGGGCGCGGCAGGGGCCGCGCCUGCAGCCUCGGGGCUGGGAACGCGGAGCUGGCGGACGUGUUCGACGAGAUGGCUGUCCAACCCCCGAUCCGUGGCAUCAAGGGUGACAGGAUCAGGCGCAUGGCCUACUCGCGCGCGGCGGACGCACUGCGGCGACACCCUGCAGCGAUCUUGAGCGGCAGCGAGGCACAGGCGAUCCAGGGCGUUGGCGCGGGCAUGGCCAGGCGCUUGGACGAGGUGCUGGAGACCGGGGAGCUGAAGGAGCUAGCUGAGCUGAGGCAGGACCCGGUUGUGAUAUCGGUGCGGGAGUUGCGAUCUGUCUAUGGCAUCGGGCCGAAGUUCGCCGCGGAGCUCAUGGAGAAGCACGGCGUACACAGCCUCGCGCAGCUGCGAGAGAGUGUCGAGGCGGGCUCAGUAACACUCAGCGCAGUCCAGCGAGUAGGCUUGCGCUUGGCAGACGAGCUCCGGAUCAGGAUUCCUCGUGCAGAGGCGCAGGAAAUCGAGGUUGCCAUUCUGCAUGCACGAGACUCCUUGGCAGCCAGUGUUGAUGGACCUCAGGAUUUGGUUGUCGUCAUUUGCGGGUCUUACCGGCGAGGAAAAGCGGAGUGUGGUGAUAUCGAUUGUCUGAUCACGAGCGACACUUACACGAGCAAUUCCGCGAUUCCGCGACUGAAGCAGGCGACGUCUGGUGAUUUGCUGACUCGUUUCGUCAAUGCGCUUCGCGCGAACAGCCUCAUCACGGACGACUUGGCAUCUGGCCCGAGCAAGUACAUGGGCGUGUGCAAGUUGCCAGGGCCAGGGCGUCUUCAUCGUCGUCUCGAUAUCAGGUACAUCCCGCGCGACCAGUUCUACUUUGGGAUGCUCUACUUUACAGGACCCCGCUCGCUGUCCAUUGAUAUGCGGCUGCGUGCGAUCGAGAAGGGCAUGGUGCUCAACGAGUACUGCCUGGCGAGCAAGGACGACCCCGACGACCGCGUCCUCGUCGGCUCCGAGCGGCAGAUCUUCGAGGCGUUGCAAGUUCCCUACAAGGAGCCGCACGAGCGCUAG